CACAUGACCCGGGUGUUGGGAUGAGCCACUUGGCAGUGGUGCUCUUAUAAGACCGGGGCACCAACCCACCGACAGUCAAAAGAAGAUCCAAACUCCCCGCAGCAGCACUCAGCAUCCCAGAGAACCAGACCAAACUUCUCCAGCCAUGCGUGUGAAAUCUCUGCUUGUGGCAUUCGGGCUGAUUCUGGGGGUCUCCUUCUUUGCUGUGUCCAGUGCAGAUCCCCUCCAUGCGCAGUGCAAAGUGAUAUGGUUGUUUGGCAUCCCAUGCCGGGAUGUCUAUGUGGCUCUGGUGAACCAGAUCAAAGCCUGGAGGACGAGGGCCAGCUGUGAAUCUGGUGGAGAGAACUGUCUUUAUGAGUUGGUGUCUUCAUCUCCCAUCCUGAUCAAAGCCAAGCACACCUCUCCCACGACCAAGGAUGUGGACGACCUCAGGUUCAGCUUGUAUUCCAUGGAGGAGUCCUCUGUGUGCCGUGUGACUGGAGAGGCAGUGUCAGAGUCCUGGGAAGACCUGAUGGACAACGGCACCAACUACUGCAGUCUCCACAACCUGGUAGAAGGCAGUGGACUCAGUCAGGUGGAAGGAUACAAAGAGUACACCAACGAGUGGAUCUGCCUUGAGUACACCACAACCAACUGCUCCAUCUACUGAGCCAGCGGCCAUGUUUAAAACCUACGUCUGUCUUUAUUAAGAAACCCCGAGUGAUGAUGGCUGUAAAGUUGAUGACAAAGAAAGGCGAAAGAGGCUCUUUAGUAACCACAUUCACUUUAUUUGAUGUAGAUCCUGUUUCCAGGUUAAGGGUCAGGGGGAUUGCAGAUUCUAGCUUUAUUAUUACAGGCAUUGAUGCUUUUAUUGUUAUUAUCCUUAGUGCUUUAAUGAAACACGAUUACCUUGUUUACAAUGUCUAUGCACCCGGUCUCACUGCUGGGACCUCCUUUUCAUAAUGGAAGGAAAGUUUCUUUCCAGUUAUAUAAAUAGACUUUUGACACCACCACUUUAGCGUGUACUUUGUAAUCAAUCCAUCAUAAUCAUGUCAAACUGUUUAAUGUUAUAACUUCUAUUUAUUGGAAAAAAAGGUCAAAGAGUGGUUCCAGAAGUAAGCCAUACAGCAGAAGGGAAAUAAAGUGCAACAAAGCCCAGAACCAGGCCAUGGGAUUUAGUUACAAAUGUGUAUACAGAAUAGUUUGAUAUACUUGUUACCCAGUCAUAGACACAGACUACAAUACCCUUUUUAACAUAGAAACUCUCAAGUAAAACAUAAAGAAAAGAAUACCACCAUCAAUGUAUUAUCUCAAUGUGUGGCACGUUGUGAUAGUCUAUAAACUUGCAAUAUAAUUCAACUAUAAGUAAUAGGUAGUAGAAUU